AUGGAAGGUGAGGGAAAGAGAGAUGAGGGUGGUGUUGGGAGGCGAGCCAUUGUCAGGCACCGAUCACAACCGAUUGUGGGAGAGAAGGUGUUUAGGCGUGAAUGGAAGGGAGAUGUGGUGGUGGUGGUGGUGGUGGUGGAGGAGGAGGAGGAGUGGAAGAUGGGUGGAGUGAUGGGUGGUGAGUGUUGGAGCGAUUGCGUGGGGAGGGGGGAGUGGAAUGCAGGAAUGGAUGGGAAGGAGGGUGUCCGACUUGUCACCACCUGGCAUGACGAGUCUUUUAUACCCUUCUGCGAUUUCCUUCGCCUCUCCCCUUCACAUCUUACCAUGAGAACACGUCGGGUCUGUAGCCUUUGUGCUCCCCUUCUCGCCCCAGUCCCCUUCCCCAGCACUGCACCUCCGUACCUGCGAAAGGACGAUAGCAUCUCCUACAUGCGCGCCAUUCACACGUCCCCAAUUGUUGUUAGUGUUGUUGUUGCCUUCGAUGGCGUAGGCCUCUGUGUGGGUAUUUGCGAAGGGGACUUUUCAGAGUAG